AAGCCCCUAUUCCAUCUCCCAGUUCCAAAAAUCAAUUUAAUAUAUGGUCCCCGGGUAGGGGACGUAUCAGAUAUUAAACUGAUAAGAACAGAUACUACACUUGAUCUUAGCCAAAAGGCCGAGAAGCGAUAACUUGCACUGUGUUCACGGGGGAAGUGAUUCUCCUCACCGCUACUCUCAGUCACGGUUCAAUACAUUUUAAAUAACAGGAAAACUCUACCAGUUGAGUAGAAAACACAGUUUUGAUGUCUAGGCGCUGAUCGGAGUCAAACAAACACAGGAUCGUACGUUAGAGCCGCAACAUUAGGAAACGUAAAGAGUAUCCGUGCUACCACGUGGUCUGCUGCCGCCCAAUAGGAGACCGCUACGACCGAGCAUCGCCAUCUCUUAUUUAAAGCUGAAGUAGCGAGUGGAAUGAUUUAUUUAUCAGGUAAUACGACAUUAUAGAGUUUAUUUAUAACUGUCACUGAUCACAGGGUCGCGUGUGUUCGUGGAAAUAACCUAAACACACGUUGUGAAAGCGGAAGGGUUCACGGAGAUAAAGUGGGCUCUGUCGCCCUCUGGUGAGGAACCAGGAAACCGCACUCAGCCUGAACCUUCAAUGGCAAACCAGACUUCACAUUACACUUAUAUUAGAAUUGAUUUAUCUUCAUUUAAUUUAAAUCAUCAGGUUAGUUUUCGCUUUUGUUAAAACAAACUAUUGAUAUCCGGACACGCCGGCUGUGGGACUGACGCAGACAGAACUUCGGCAUCAAACCAGCGGCGGAAUUGUUACAACUUCCGGAGCUUUGUCGCCAAAAUAAAAGUUAUUAAAUGCAACAUUGACGUGUAAUUCGAAGCUGAUGGCUACAAACGAAUUAAUUCCCCAGUUUGACUAUUUGAAGCUGCUGUCAUUAUUCCAGGUGAAAUGUUUUAAAUGGAAACAGUUCAGGCUAAAUACAAGCGGUACAUAUAAACGUUUAUAUCUCAUAUUAGUGAAUUACCACCAUUGUGUUGGCUCAGCCGGGACAUGUUUACUGUAAAUGAAUGAAGCUAAUAGUCAGUUCAACAUUUAUGCUACUUGAAGUAAACACUGGCAGAUGGUAUUAAACGACAACUCCCACAAACUCACCUGAAGCCUGAGUAUUGAAUAACAUUAUUUAAAGAGUUAGUAAAAGAGCUACUGUACCUGGAGGGGCCAUCACGAUACUUUCCGGCUAACGGUUACCUAAUGUUAGCAGGUGAGACUUUAAGUCACUUACAUUAAUUUAAGGUAUAAUUGACCAGCAGAGGGCGCUGAUUCCCUUCGUGUGUAAAAUACAUCAAAGCACGAGUGGUUCAAAGUAUAGAAACAAGUUCUUUUCUCAAGUUGUACUUUAGUUUUUCUAUUAUUUUAUACUUUAUUCUUCAUUACAAUUCAGAUAAAUUUAUUUACAUAUUUCACACAUUUCUCCUGUUUUUAAAACUGUAUAUAUUAGUUUAUAUACAUUGAUAUUUGUAUAUUCCUACGCUUAAGUAUUGCGUGUUACUUAUUAUUUACUGGUGCCUAUUUUGACUCUUGCUGCUGUAAUACUGCAGAUUGUGGGACUAAUUAAGUAUUAUCUUAUCUUAUCUUAUCUUACUUCAAAAUAAACAGUGGUCUCAGACAGUAUUCAGUCCCAUUACCUGUCCUGGUGCAUGUUUUACUGUGUAAUGCGGGUUAGACUAAUUGGCGACUCUACAAAGAACAAAUCACUCUGAUAACAAUUGGGAAAAAUUACAGCAGAAACCAAUGAUGUCGAGUUUAAGUCUGAAAAGUGAAACAACGUGACCGGAAGUGUACAUCCUGGGUUUACCCAGCGCACUUGACACCUCGCAGCAGUGGGAUCGAACUAUGGACGAGUAUCAGACAGAAGAGGAGACCACGUUCGUGGUUGAUGAAGUGAGCAAAGUUAUUAAAGAGUCAGUGGAAGCAGCCAUAGGAGGAAAUACCUACCAGCACAGCAGAGUGAACCAGUGGACCACCGGUGUGGUGGAGCAGUGCCUCAGUCAACUCAGCAAGCUGGGAAAGCCUUUCAAGUACAUUGUGACCUGUAUUAUCAUGCAGAAAAAUGGAGCGGGACUGCAAACAGCCAGCGCCUGCUUCUGGGACAACUCUACUGAUGGAAGCUGUGCAGUGAGAUGGGAGAACAAGUCCAUGUACUGUAUCGUCAGUGUUUUUGGUUUGGCCAUCUGAACGGACUACUGUACAAUACGUAUUUAAAGUGUGUAGGAUUUGAUGUUUAUCUGAAAACCUGAAUCUGUACAAACUGUUCUGUUGUUUUUAUGCCAAAUGAGAUCGAUCAAAACAAAA